CAGCUGCGCCGGAAGUUCCUGGCCAGGCCUGGCGGUAACCUUGGGGUCCUCACCGCUUCCACCCGCACCUAGGUGGGCUGUGCGAGUCCGAGCCUCAGCCGGGAUCACGCCUGGUAGCCGCAGGAGACGCACGGGUUUCAGAAGAGGACGUCGAGGGCCGGGGGGCGUAGGAACCGCGGGCGCAGAGCCGCCCAGCAGACAUGUCUCUAGUGGCUGAAGCCUUCGUCUCGCAGAUCGCAGGAUUUUCAACAUGAGUAAAGAGACAGUUACCAGGAUAAAUAGCAACUACCAACAGAACGGAGUUUCUGAUGGAGCUGCAGAACCUUGGCCUGAAAAUGCUACCUUGUAUCAGCAACUGAAAGGGGAGCAAAUUUUGCUUUCUGACAAUGCAGCUUCUCUUGCUGUGCAGGCCUUUUUGCAAAUGUGUAAUCUGCCUAUCAAAGUGGUUUGUAGGGCAAAUGCAGAAUAUAUGUCUCCGUCUGGUAAAGUACCUUUUAUUCAUGUAGGAAAUCAAGUAGUAUCAGAACUUGGUCCAAUAGUCCAAUUCGUUAAAGCCAAGGGCCAUUCUCUUAGUGAUGGGCUGGAUGAAGUCCAAAAAGCAGAAAUGAAAGCCUACAUGGAAUUAGUCAACAAUAUGCUGUUGACUGCAGAGUUGUAUCUUCAGUGGUGUGAUGAAGCUACAGUAGGGGAGAUCACUCAUGCCAGAUACGGCUCUCCUUACCCUUGGCCUCUGAAUCAUAUUUUGGCUUACCAGAAACAGUGGGAAGUCAAACGUAAGAUGAAAGCUAUUGGAUGGGGUAACAAGACUCUGGACCAGGUCUUAGAAGAUGUAGACCAGUGCUGUCAGGCGCUUUCUCAAAGACUGGGAACACAACCAUAUUUCUUCAAUAAGCAGCCUACUGAACUAGAUGCACUGGUAUUUGGCCAUUUGUAUACCAUUCUUACCACACAGUUGACCAAUGAUGAACUUUCUGAGAAGGUGAAAAACUAUAGCAACCUCCUUGCUUUCUGUAGAAGAAUUGAACAGCACUAUUUUGAAGAUCGUGGUAAAGGCAGCUCAUCUAUCAGAUCAUCUUAGAGAUAAUGUCUUAAUUUAGUCAUUAUUUUUUAAAAAAACUUAACUUGAACUAUGUUACUUGAAAGUUACAGUAAGUAAUGGUAUCAGAAUUUUAAAACCAAAAACACUGCUUUUUGAAACAGAAUAAAUUAUAUAAUGCAUACUAUACAUGUACUUUAUACUGUUAAAAUAAUUCUGAAUGAUUUCAUUUGAUACGUUGUACUCGGUAUCUUGAAAUUUUUGUUUUCUUGAAACAUGUAUGCAUAUAAAAAUAAAGCUCAAAGAACUAUA